AUGUGGUAAACACACCGCUUGCCCGACAGUUGUCAGUUCUCAGUCAAGUAGCUCCUCAGUUGGUCUCACGAGGGCUGAGUACAGCUCUUUCGCCAACAGCUUUCGGCAGACUCGUGUUAGCCAAUACCGACGGUUUGGUGAUCUGACGGAAACCGGUGUUCACAUAAGCCAAUUAUGCAGACACACAAAAUCGUUGGCGCAGUGACAAUAUCAGCGCACGAUUUUACGUUUGUGGCGCAGUACACAUCAGAGUUUUGGCUGAGUUUGUUGGAAAUUUUGAUCACCUCAAUGAAGAAUAUCCACUUAGACGAAGCGAACAAAGGCAACAACAUGGACGUGGACAUCGCUGAUGCGUCCGUACCGUCACCGGAGGCGCGCAGCCGCCAGUUCAAGCAGUGCGGCGACGAGGAGCGGCUGUCAGUGCUGCAGGAGGCCCAGGCGAGCAGCAAGAAGCUGAAGACCGGCCAGCGCAUGCGGCAGCACGUGCGCGAGAUGACGCCGUACGACUGGAGCUGUCAGCGUCGCUUGCGGAAGACGCUCGAGGAGGCGGCGGUGUCGCGGAGGGAGGAGCGCCAUAAGGCGAAGGACCUGCAUCAGGCGGUACCGCCGAGCCGCCCCGCCGCCAACGGCUACAGUGGACGCGCCAGCAUCUGGGCCCCGGGGGGGUUCAACCCGCUGCUCGACCUGAGCCACCUGCUCAACAGCCCCGAGUGGCAACAGGACGGGGCUUAGCCCGGCGGCGACGGAGCCCUCACGCAAGAACGUCAGCCCUAUGGUCAGCUCUGAACUCCGCUUCCUGCACUGAGUUUGACCACCUCCGUCUCAGACCUUCCAACUGUCCCUACUCCUUCAAAACAAAACAAAACAAAGAGAAAACCACCUCAGCUACUGUCACUCUCGGGUCACCUUACCCAAAUACUAAUAUUCUGAUUAACUUGUUGAGCAGCAGCACAGUAAGACACAAGUCCCAAUGACAACGAAUGCAUAGUUGCACAUAAUAUUUAAACAGUGUUACAUAGUGCUGAUAUGUAUGAAAAUUAACUCAUACGAAUAAAACAGAUUUAUAAAAA